AGUCUCCGCAGUCCGCACUCAACAGCAGACACAACCGCUACCUGCUAGGCGGAAUGAACAACGCUCCUCGUUUUACUCUUCGCGCAGCGGAGCCGCGGGAGAAGCCAGGCCCGACAUGACAGGGCUGGGACGGGAGAAGAAAGCCCGCCAGCAACCGCGGUUGAACGUCCGGGCAGAGGCAGUGUGGGUUGCGGGUCGCUACGCCCUGUUGGCCGCCCUGUGCGCCCUGUGCUACAAUAACUCUCUCCGCGGGGAGUUGGUACACGACGAUGUGUGGGCUAUCGUCAACAAUCCGGAUGUCCGACCGGGCUCCAGCUUUAGGAACAUCUUCAGCAACGACUUCUGGGGGAAGCGGAUGGCGGACAAUACAAGCCACAAGUCCUACAGACCGCUAUGCAUCCUCACCUUUAAGUUGAAUAUCCUGCUGGGCGGCAUGACACCUCUCUAUUUUCACAUUGUCAACGUGUGUUUGCACUGCGCUGUAACCUGCCUGCUCAUGUACACCGGUGAACACUUUGUGUUCGAAGACUCUCGUCUGGCAUUGGUCACAGCGCUCCUCUUUGCUGUGCAUCCUGUCCACACCGAAGCUGUGUCUGGUAUUGUAGGCAGGGCUGAUGUCUUGGCCUGUCUGCUGUUCUUGCUGACGUUCCUCUCCUACAUCAGGAGUGUGGGUGUGUGUGCCUCCGAGGACUCUCUGCCCUCCACGGUAUCGGUGUGGUUUCUGCUCGUCAGUUUGUUGCUGGGCACUUGUGCCAUGCUGGUGAAGGAGACCGGCAUCACCGUGUUCGGAGUGUGUGUGCUCUACGACGCCCUUGUGCUAUGCCGCAAGCCUCUUGUCAAUCACCUGUCUGGCACCAGUUUCAAGGACCUCCACCACUUCUGCAGCCCCUUCAUCAAACGAGCCGGUCUCAUCUCAGGCUAUGUGGCGAUCAUCAUGUCGGUCAGGCUGUGGCUGAUGGGAGGAUCCAUGCCCCUGUUUUCUGAACAGGACAACCCCGCCUCCUUCUCUCCACACCUGCUUACCAGAAUUUUGACCUAUUCUUACCUGCUGUCCUUCAACGCCUGGCUGCUGCUGGCCCCCGUCAUGCUGUGUUACGACUGGCAGGUGGGCAGCAUUCCCAUGGUGGAGUCUCUGGGUGACGUACGCCUCCUGGAGACCACGCUACUGGCCGCAUUGAUAGUUGCUCUAUGCCUUCACUGCGUCUUCUCACUGCAGAGAAAGGAAAACAGACAGGUGUUGGUUGGAACGUUGUUUCUGGUCUUCCCCUUCAUUCCUGCCAGUAACCUUUUCUUCAGGGUGGGGUUUGUUGUGGCCGAGAGGGUUCUCUACAUGCCAAGUAUGGGUUAUUGUAUUCUGGUGGCUCAUGGCCUCGGCCGGCUUUGUUCAGUGGUGGGCCGUUGGGGCACCACAGUCCUCAGUGUCUCCAUGCUGCUGCUCAUCCUGCUCUUCUCCUGGAAGACCGUCCAGCAGAACCAUGUCUGGUUCUCCAGGGAAGCGCUCUUCCGCUCCGGUAUCCAGACUCUGCCACACAAUGCCAAAGUCCACUACAACUACGCCAACUUCCAGAAAGACAUUGGCCGGCACCAGGAGGCCAUUUACCACUACACCACUGCUCUCAGGUUAUUCCCACGCCAUGCCAGCGCCAUGAACAAUCUCGGCACUCUGACUAGCCACCCUGAGGAGGCGGAGCGCUACUACAGGAAGGCACUGGACACCAACCCCCAGCAUAACCGAGCUCUCUUUAACCUGGGAAACCUCCUCAAGUCUCAAUGCAAGGAGAAAGAGGCGGAGACUCUGCUGAAGGACUCCAUACGCUUCGGUCCACACUUUGCUGAUGCUUACUCCAGUCUAGCAUCACUUUAUGCUGAGCAGAAACGCUUUGCUGAAGCCAGUGAAGUGUAUCUGAAAGGAAUCGGGAACUGCCCGGACAGCUCCGACCUGCAUAAUAACUACGGAGUGUUUCUGGUGGAUACGGGAAAGGGAGAGCUGGCAGCCGCUCACUACCAGCAAGCAGUAAGACUCAAACCAGCACACUACGUUGCCAUGGUGAACCUGGGCCGCCUCCUCCGAUCAUCCAAUGAGAAUACAGAAGCUGAGUCUUGGUACAAGAGGGCGCUGCAGGUGACGAGGAAGGUGGACAUCCUGACUCCGCUUGGAGCUCUGUAUUACAACACGGGGCGCUACGAGGAGGCGCUGCAGGUGUACCAAGAGGCUGCCGCACUGCAGCCGGACAGCACCGACAUCUGGCUGGCUCUGGCUCAGGUAUUAGCCAUGGCCGGUCAUAGCAAAGAGGCAGAGAAGUUGACCCUCGACAUCAUAUCCAGAGAAGGCAGCUGUAUCGAAUGUUACCGCCUCCUGUCGGCCAUCUACAGCAAGCGUGGAAACUACACAGAGGCGCUGGAUGCUCUGGACAGGGCCCUGCAGCAGAGUCCCGGUGAUCUGACAGUGAGAGCAGAGCUGCACUUCUCCAAAGGAAACCAGCUCAGAGAGAUGAACCAGCUGGACCAAGCCUUCGAGAGCUACAAGCUGGCAGUGGAGCUCAAACCUGACCAGUCCCAGGCCUGGAUGAACAUGGGAGGGAUUCAGCACAUGAAGGGAGACUAUGCAGCAGCCAGGAUGUACUAUACACAAGCCCUGCUUCUGAGCCCUGGCUCCAAACUGCUGAAAGAAAACUUGGCCAAGCUGGACCGAUUGGAGAGAAGACUGACGGGGGAAUUGUAACCCACCACUUUACCAUCCCGGGCACAGAUAAGGGGAGCAGGGCACAGCCCAGUCCCUCUGAAGCCCAAACACCAGCCAUCAGGCAGCUGGAUAAAACGGACCUGACCUGGGUACUGAAAUGACCAGCCUUAGUAAGAGUGAGACGAAGAUGAACCUGUCGGGUCUACAACAUGUUUGGAGGUGGUCAAAGAGACUGGUCGAGCUACAGUUCAGACACCUUUCCUUCUCGGAGGAAACUAAAUUGAGUGGGCUUGUGUGGAACAUGUUUUUAUUAUUGUUAUAAAGUAAAUGAGCAUGGGAAAAGUAAUGUAAAAAAAUAUAUAUCUGCUCAAAAGUCUCAGCAUUGACCAAAAAGGAGUCAAAACCACUGACCAGUCCAGGAGUCAGUUUCACGGUCACAGAAAAAUCACAGAAGACAUUCAUAUUUAACACCAGGGGUUGGGGAUGCUGCUUUGAAGAUGUCGUUAAUGAAGAUACAGGAUACUCUUCAAUGAAAGUAAUUAACUUCCCACUCUCUGCUCCAUAAUGUCAAAACCAACCCAGUUGCUUGUGAUUCUCUCCCAAAUCCCAAGACUGGGAAACACUAAACAAAAUCUGCACAACUGUAGCAUUUGGUGGUGCUACAGCCUGCAGAUAUAAAUGUUGCAUACCAUUGAAAACACAAACACUAUGGUACUAUAUGAAGUGCUACUGUUCGAUAUUGGUUACAAGUCAGCUCAAGUAUUAUACUCAAGUUGAGAGAUCAUGAGCUGAAUCUCCAUCUACGAUUUCUUAACAUUCAUGACGACAUUGGCAUGAUUUAAAUAUAUAUUAGUGGUGUUUCUUUUUCCUCACAAGAACCGAACACACACAAUCAACCAGAUGCUGGCAAGUGCGGCAUUAAAGCGAGGGUUGAGAAUCUUUAGAAACUAGUGAUAUUCCACAAAAUCAUCCUUUAAAUGAAAUAUUCUACCAAAAAAUCCCCGGCCAAUGCUGCCAACUGACUUUUCCUAAAAUAUUAGCAAGCAGAUUAGCUCCAAAAUGUGCUAAAAGUAGUUGGCAACACGUACCCUUCAUGCCUCUUGAAGGCCACUCCCCCCAAAAUCUUCAUAAUGUACAACAAAACGUGCCUAAUAUUUGUACUCACAGCUGUUCAGCUAGCAUCUUGUGAAAGACAUGUACUUUGGCCCGAAUUAAAUCUGAAUUAUUAGUCCUAUGAAAAACGUUGGUCUGCACUUACUGUCCACUUGAUGACAUGAGUCGCUUCAUUCUCCGAAGACACACAGUUGAAAGGAAAAUAUUUAAAGAUCUCAGAUUAUAUGAUAAAUGUAAUACGAUUCAUAACCGCCGCAUUUUCUUUAAACGUAAACUCUGGAAGUUCAUCUGACCUCCAUUUCCAGAACUAGGAACAAGAUUAUAUUGCGAGCCUUCUGCGACGACAUUAAGCUAGUUUAUCUACUCCUGUGUGAGGAGUCAUUCGUACUCUAACCUCUGAAGGUUACUGUUUGGUUUCUUGUUGUAGUUUUGUUGACUAUGAAAAAUUAUUGUUGUGGAAUGACAAUGGGAUGAAAAUGAAGUGACGAGUGCAAUGACUGACUUGCACCAAGAAAAUAAAGUAUAUGUUUUAUUAAA